CCCCCGGGCCGGCGUUCCACUUGGUACGCUUCAAGAUGGCGGCCCCCAUGGUGCGGUGUGGGAUGCUCUUGGCUCGGAGAAUAGCUACGGCUCGCCUUUCCCUGGCAGGUAAAAGAUGCCUACUUUCUGCAGCAUACGUGGACAGCCGCCAGUGGGAAGCCAGAGAGAAGGAGCAGUGCCACCUGGCUGAUCUUGCAUUGUUAAUGGACAAAGCAUAUGAAAGGAAGUUGCCUGUUAGUUCUUUGUCAAUAUCUCGGUUUGUGGACAACAUUUCAUCUCGAGAAGAUAUAGAUUCUGCAGAAUACUAUCUUUACAAAUUUCGACACAGUCCCAACUGUUGGUACCUGAGAGACUGGACCAUCCACACCUGGAUUAGGCAGUGUCUGAAAUACGGUGCACAGGACAAAGCCUUGUAUACCAUUGUUAAUAAGGUUCAGUAUGGAAUUUUUCCAGAUAAUUUUACAUUCAACUUACUGAUGGAUUAUUUCAUAAAGAAAGAAAAUUACAAAGAUGCUUUAUCUGUGGUUUUUGAGAUCAUGAUGCAAGAAGCCUUUGAAGUGCCGUCCACCCAGUUCCUCUCCCUCUAUGUGUUAUACCAUUGCCUGGCAGAGAAGACAGACCUCACAUGGGAAGAGGAGAGGAACUUUGGUGCGUCCCUGUUGCUUCCAGGCCUAAAGCAAAAGAACACAGUGGGCUUGAGUUCCCAGCUGUAUGGCUAUGCACUUCUUGGGAAGGUGGAACUGCAGCGUGGACUGCAGGCUGUGUACCGCGACAUGCCUCUGAUAUGGAAACCAGGCUACCUCGACAGAGCCCUUCAAGUGAUGGAGAAGGUGGCCUCCUCCCCUGCAGACCUCAAGCUGUGUAGAGAAGCGCUCAGUGUGCUGGACGGAGUCCUGAAGGUGGUGACAUCUCCAGCUGACCAGCCCCAGGAAGAGACACAGCCCCAGGAAGGUGAAGGUAGCUUGGGCUCAGCAGACCUGGUGGAGCAGCUGGACAUCGAGGAACCAGAACAUUCAAAGCUUCCCCGAUACCUGGAGCGAUUUAAGGCCUCUCAGUCUAAACUGCAGGAGUUGGGCAGGAUUGAGUCAGAAGAUCUUUUGACUCUGACCACUCAGCUUAUGAGAGAGAAACUCCCCGCAUGUGAGGCUGAGGACCUAGCCACUUAUGAGCAGAAAUUGCGUGAGUGGCACCUAGAGCGGAUGCAGUUGAUCCAGCGGGAACAGGAGCAGAGGGAGAGAGCAAAGCAAGAAUACCAGUCGCUGAAUGCAGCAAAGACUGCAGCCUAAAGGGCCCCACACUGGCCCUGCUCAAGGACUGUGUGGGCCACCCCAGCUUUCUGCUUGGACAGAGUGGGAGUCAGGACUGUGUGGGCCACCCCAGCGUUCUGCACUGACAGACGGGACUCAGACUUUGCUGUCCAGCUUCCCCUUUUUCACAGCAAGCCAUGCACAGCCUGAAAGCCACAGAGUGCUGCUGACUGUCAGGGCACUGUCUGCCCAUCCAGAUGUCAAGGGCCAGGAAACUAAGAAAGUGGCGAGUGACUGGGCUGAAACCACCAGCUGAAUCUCUAAUGGGCUUUCAGGGCUCACAGUGGAGUCCUGGGCACAGUGUGAAAAGUUCCUCGUAUCUGGUGCGGGUGAUGGAAGACGCUCCAGCUGAGGCUGCAGCACGGGGUCUGAGUGGCACAUGCUGCCUGUUCUGAGACCUUGUGUCGUAUUGUCCUCUGGCUAGUGCAGAUAGCCUGGUGAUUGGGCCCUGGGUGCUCAGACAUCCUACUGCCUCUUCCCCCCCACACUCUGCCCUCCUCUUUCUCCUCUGAGAGAAGCCCAGCUUGGUCUCCAGACCACAGCCUCACUAGAUGUCUGAUUAUAGGAACCCAUGGUGACCCUUACAGAAUGCAGGGACUUUGGAGAAGAAACUUGGCCCUGGGUGAGGUCCUUGUGCCUGGCUUCUUCAGCAUGUUAGACUAACUUUUCCCCACACAUUGUCAGAAAUAAAAAAUGAACCUUUGGUAUAUGUGUGUGCACAUGUGCAUACACAGACAACUUUAGGGCAAACCUUUCUAGUAAAGGAUGGGACUUGGAGUGUGUAGGGAUGGAAUCAGUGCGGACUGUCAGAAGGUGGAACAGUAAUAUUUCCGGGAGCCUUCCUAGGAGAGGCUCAGGGGACUUUGCCUGCUGUGGAAUGCUGCCCUUAAGUGCAGUGGUGCGUCUGUGUUCACGGUUGUAUUCUUCUGUCAAACACAGAAAAUUUAUCUUUGGUGAAAAGGAAGGAGAGAGGGGAUCCGGCCCUUAAUUGUGCUGUCUUGAACAGCACAUUUUAGCCCUCAUCCGUCAGACUACAACAGUGUAAUAAUAAGUCAUUACAGUCCUCAGAGACCUGCGGUGCGGUAGCACCAUUAUCCCCAUGCGGUAAGGAAGGAGGUGAAGCAGCUGCUGCUGCCCCAACCCACACGGUGUCCCCCAUGUGUGACCUCCAGGGUCCUCCAGGCUAGCAGCACUGACUUGGGUCAUCCCCAGAAGUCAGGGCUGGAUUCUGGUUGAUCAAAGGCAGGGUUUUCUCGGCCGUUCCUUUAUAGAUUCAGGAUAGAUCCAGUGGCAGCCAAGGAAUGACUUGCUAUUGAAGCAUCUUGUUCAUUCUUCUUCCCCUGGCCCCCCAUUGCAGUUCGAGUCCCCUGUGACUGUGUCCUCAUCCUGGAGCCCGCAAAGUCCCCUCCUUAGAUUCCCCUGUGACUGUGUCCUCAUCCUGGGAACUCUUCUCUCGCCUUCGCACAUCCGUCUCCUAAACUCAGAUGUCGUCCUGUUUGACUUGACAACUGAGGCUUCUAGCUGUAGUUGUCCUCUGCCCCUGGUGUCUUCUGUGCAGUGGACAAACCUCUUGAUAACGUAGCCCACCACAGGCUCUCCUCCGAGCUCGGGCUGGGAGAACCUGGGGCCAGCUAGCCAAGGUCUUGGUUUCGAGAUGCCUGUCUCAGCUUUUUCUCAUACCAUGGCCCCUGCUGAGCCAGCUUUCUCUGUCCCUCCACCUGCAGCCCUUUGAUCUGUACUCUCAACCAACCUUGAUCCUCACGGUCUGCUCUGGAUCCUUACUUGCCUCUCGCCAACCCGGGCAAUUCCUUAUGUUGUGGUGACCCCCGCCUGUAAAAUCAUUUUGCUAUCCCUUCACAACUAAUUUUGCUACGGUUAUGAAUCACAAUUUGUAAAUAUCUGAUAUGCAGACUAGCUGAGAUGUCCUCCUCCUCCCACCCCAGAGUGAGCAUCUUUCCCUCUGUUUAUUUGGACCCACUUAGCUUCCAUGGACCUAAGCGGCCAUAAUUGUAUUCCAUAAAAUUACCUGUUGAGGCCCCAGUCCCCAGUACCUUGGAAUCUAGCCUUAGUUGGGAAUAAGGUCUUUUGUGGAGGGAAUUAGAUUAAAAUGAGAUUACUAACCCCUGAAGACUGGUGUUCUUUAAAGGGGAGUGUGAUACAGAGACAAGCAGUGUGGAAGGAAGGCCUCAUGGAAACAGGUAGGGUGUAAGUGGACCAGCGAUGGAUGACCUCGGAGGCACACCAACUUCCUCAUGGAAGAGGAAGGGCGGAGUUUCCCUCAGCCCUACCAUGGCUGGAUUUUUGAGCCUCCAGAAUGUUCUGUCAGUUUUUAAGCCCCUCGAUGUUUGGUCUUUUUGUGAGAGUGCUGUAGGAGUAAUUGAUAUGUCAUAAUUGGUUUUCUUUCUGUCUGCUUCUGAGCCAGUGUCAGUGCAUAGUGAUAAUUUGCUAAUUAAGUUCCUCUGCACAGUUACGGCUGUGCUCUGAAAUCGUUGCUCGUUUUGUUUAGCGACAGACUCAUUUUGACUUCAGUAGUCCCGCCACUCUGGGUGAGCCCAAGACCCUUAGUGUGAGAACUGAGGAGAUGCUUUCUACUUUGUCAGGAAAAUGGGGUCACAUCACAUAGCCUUGCUCUCUCCUUUCGCCCUCAAUGGUACCCUAAUCAUACCAUUUCUCUCCACCAUCUCUCCUCUUUCAAGUGAUAACUUACUAUCCUCUUCCUCCUAUUUGUAGUGUUGAUCCAUGCUUGGAUGCUCUGGGGACGGUUGAGAAUUCCUUUCUACAUGGCAUCGUUUCUAGUGAUGUCUUCCAUCUAGGUCAUAGAAGUCUGAGUUAAAUGCCCUCCAUCCUAUCCUGUUAAUAGUAAUAUAAUAUUAACCUAUGGGUUAAUACCAAGCUCAUUCCUCUCCUUAUCUCAACAUGGACGCCGACCAGCUGGUGGUUUAUUGAUUAGACCUGGGGAGUUUGGCUUUCAGCCCUAUCAGUUCAUUGGCGCGAGUUGGCUUUCAACUACAGCUAAUUAUCUCUUCAUGAGCUCCUGCCCUUGGCCUCUCCAGCCACCACCUGAUGAACUUGUGCUCUUCAUCACAUACAUUCUAUGCAGCACCAUUCUAAAGCUGUGGAACAGACAGUGUGAUACAGAUCUACCUUCAGAUAACGUAGGUUCCAGGGGCCGGAGAGAUGGCUUAGUGGUCAAGAGCACUGGCUGUGCACCCAGAGGAUCAGUGUUCAGUACCCAGCACCCACUUGAUCUGGUGUCCUCACUUGGCCUGUUUGAGCAGUCAGGCACACAUGUACGCAAACAUACAAUGCAGGUAAAACACUCAUACACUUAAAACUAAAAAUAACUAAAUCUUUAAAAAUAAUAACAUUUCAGGGGCCGAGGAGGUUGGCUGUCCCCAUCAGUCAAGACAGCUGAGAGGUGUCAGACACAGGUAAAGUGAUGGGGAGCUUCAGAAGAGCUGGGCAGGCAAGGAGACAGCACCAGUGAGGGGAAAAACCUGCUUUGGGCUUUAAUUACCCCCCCAUGUGCCACAAGCUGGCAUCUGUAGAUGGCCCUCAUGAACACAGUCAGCGCAGAGUAAAUGUUCUGGGGGGGAGGGGGGAGAGGCAUUUUAAAUCGAGUGAAAAUGAACAGUUCCAGCCCAUAACCUACUCACCUUACUAAAAAGGCAAAUAGAAAACAACAGUGAGAUACAAAUGCUUUGUGUCCUUCCCUUGGGGCUUUGUGGGUACCGACCUUUGCACUGUUUUGUCUGCUUUUACUGGGCCAUCAGUACCCCAUGGGAAGAUUGUAGGUUGGGAGUGUGGAUGUGUGUGUCAUACAUGUACCCAUUCACAUAGGUGUGCACACAUGUGUGUAUGGAAACCAGAAGCUGAUGUUGGGUGUCUUUCUCUACCGUGCCCUUCCUCACUGGGUAUGGAUUCAGCUAGACUGCUGGCCAAUGAACUCCAAGAAUCCAUGUCUACACAGACACACAGCACUGGGGUUAUAGGUGUGGACUGUGUUGAUUUGGAUUGUAACUCAGGUCUUGUUGCACAGCGGGCUCUCUCCCCCUUGCUCAUUGGGUGAGCCUGAGGCUGUAGAUUCUGUGAGAAAUCGCCAAUGGCCUUGAAAAUGAACAGAUUACACCUCCUUUUCUUACUGAUGGCAAACCUCCAGCCCUGCCUGACAGCAUCCUGGUUUUGCUUUCCAUACUGAUAACUCAUCAUGCCAUGUUUUUGUCUUUUACCACGGCCGUGGUGCCCUUUGGGGAAUCUUUAAUCGCUGCAGAAAAUAAGUAUAUAUAAAUGGCUUCUGAGGUGGAACAAGGAAUCAGUACUGGGUAUAAGGAACAUUUUUAGAAGCCCCGUGUCCUUCGGGCCGAGUGGAUGCAGUCUGAGGUUCAGGUGGAAGCAAGCCUCCUGCCUGUGUAAGAACAAGGAUGCAGAAGUGGGCCUGGCAGAGACGUACCCCACGAGGACUAUCACCACCUGCUUCUCUUGCCUAGAGAUGCUUGAGGCUCUCGUAACCAAUGCCAACAAACUGGGGUUUGGACUAUCCUGUGAGCUCUGAGCUACCCCUUAAGGGCCCUCUCCCUGCUAUAUUCUGAUGACAUUGGGUGGUAUGCGUCCUCUACCUCUGUGGAAUAUGACCCUCUACUGGCUCUCCUGGCUUCCUGACACGUGUAGUGUCCUCCAUCGGGGACAUAUGCAUCACUCUGGCAGGCCUGUUUUCCUGAGGCUGUAUGUAGCUCCUGAUAUACCAGAGCGAGUCAGGAGUCUCAGCUUUGCUCUGUGUCGGUCUCUCUCAGCUAUUUUGUUCUGUUUUGGUAGUUAAGGCAGGGUCUUGCUAUGUAGACCAGGCUAGCCUCGUGCUUAAGAUCAUCCAUCCUCUGCCUCCGAAUACUGAGAUUGUAGGUGUGUGCCCUGGAGAAGUGGACACCAUUUGGAACCAGUGAAGAGAAGUGAAUACUCGUUUUGAUUUCCUCCUCGCCUGGCUUCCCACAGCCACGGAUUGGAAAGAUUGACCCAGGAGCCCACCCCUGUUCCUCUUGGCAUAUUUGCAGUACCCCUUCUAUCCAUUUUAUGAAUUCCAAAUGACUUCUAAACCCAUCUUGAGAGUGUCACCAAACUUUAAACUUCAUGAAGACAGAAGUUCUUGCCUUCUAAAUUACUGUGUCUAGAGAACAGUCAUUACCGCCAGGAAAGCAUUUACAUUUACUGAGUAAAAUUUCCUCUAAGGUUGAAAGUCUGAGUACUGACAUGUAUUUUCCCAUGAGAACUGACACACAGCCAUAUAUAUAUAUAAUCUCAAGCAAGGAACUUUGAGGCCUUAACCACAAGGAAACUUGUGAAUAAUUCAGGCCAAGUGAAAUUUGUCAGAGGUUUUAUAGGGAGGGAGAGCAUUAUCAUUGGCUUACUUCUACUGGCUCACUUAUAUCCUACUUACUUGCUUACCUACCUAGAAGCCUGCACCACCACACCCAGCAAAAGCUAAUAUUUAUUGAACAUCCCUAACCAAAUGGCACAGUAAACCCUUUAUUUGCAUUAUAGUAUUUAGUCCAUGAGAAUACAACGAGUAUUGUCGCAGCUGUGAUUAGUGCAGAUAUGAAAACAAAGUCUCAGAAAAAUAGGGCAGCACCAAGGCCUCCCUCAAUGGGCUGGAGAGCCAAGUCAAGACUUAGCAGGUCAUUGUCUAAGAAUAUGCUCUCCACCUCCGCGGUGCGCGCACAGCAGGAUAGAAGACAAGGUCUCAAUUGGAGUGACGACAUGAAAGGAGGGAGAAAUUCAACAGGGAAAGAAGGGAAACCAACUGCGAGCGCACAGUUAAGUGGGGGCAGGGCAGGUUCACUCGUGUUGGGGACCCUCCAAGAGUCUUCUGGUACACAGCUCGGCAGCUUGCACCAAGGUCCUUGGCAGUCAAGUACAUAUGUGUGAGCCCCAUUCUUUCAUUGGCUGGUGGCACUGUUGGCCUCCUAGCAUACUGCCACAACCAGCAAAUAUCCCUGGAUGAAACCAGGAGCCAUCCAUCACCGGUGGCGGCUCCCUGCAGGAGCCUGGCACAAACUCGAGGCAGUGCUUCUCAAACAGGAAUAGUUCCUUCUGGGGCACCUUUACUAAUGUUUGUUGGUAUUUGGACACUUCAGCAGAGGGGUGAUCUUCUGAAUAAAGGCCAGAACUGCUAAAACCAUCUCAGAGGGCACAGGAGAGCGGAGAGCCCCCCUACCACACCCCUCAAGAACUCCCCAGUCUAAAAUACUAACAGUUCAAAACUCCUGGCCUAAGACCUAUGAGGAGAGCGCCCAAGAGACUUCCUGUGGUGACAUUAACUGGGCGAGCAAUGUGGCUUGUUUCCUUUCUGGCCAAAUAUGCGUAUGAAAUAUAUACUGAAGGGUGGAUCAUUAUUCUUUCUAAACACUGUUCCUCAGGGAAAGGGGCAAACGGUGACUUGUUUGAAUUUGAUACCAGAUAAAAAGGCCAGAAGUCUGGAGUCCCUGAAAGAAGACACUGUGACAUGGUGUGACAUGACCAUGGGAGUCAGGGGGCUGUGGUUCUGUUGACACCCAAUAGCCUCACUGGGUAUGGAGAAGAGCUAGCGAAAUGGGCUCAGUUUCUUUCAGCUUAGUGAAUUAUAAUACCAGAAAAUGGGAGGUGAACAUGAACUUUUCAGUGCUGAAAAUUAUACAUAUUGUAAAACCCCACUUUGUAAAGGAGGGCUGUGAGGAGGGCUUUCCAACAGUAACAUCUGGAAGCUUGCCUUGUACUCUAAUGAUUUCUACCAAAAAAAAAAAAAAAACUUUUCUUUCCUAUGAUUUGGCCUUUGCUAAUGGCCAUGAAGAUGCUAUUUCCUGUACAAAAAUGAGGAAGCUUAAAAAUAGUCGCUAUGGGAUAAUCCUUCUGUUGCUGUGAAUAUACAGUACUCUCAUUGGUUAAUAAUAAAGCUAAUUGGCCUAUAGCAAGGCAGGAUAAAGUUUAGGCAGGACUGAAGACUUGGAUGAAGAAGAGCAGAGUCUGGAGAGAUGCCAGUGAGCCACCCAAGAAAUAAGAUGCUAGAGGACAGGUAAAGUCACAAGCCAUGUGGCAAUACACAGAUUAAUAGAAAUGGGUUAAUUUAAAUGUAAGAGCUAGUUAGUAAUAAGCCUGAGCUAUCUGCCAAGCAUUUACAUUUCAUACAAGACUCUGGUUAUUUGGGAACAGGCAAGUGGGAGAGAAAUGUUCGUUUACAAAAAAUAGUGGCAAUGUCCCUUUCAUGUGAAUAAAAUGUUUAAAUAUUUGUUUAAAGCAA